GCUGAUGGAUUCAACCACAGCGACGGCGGAGCUCGGCUGGAUCGUGCAUCCUCCAUCAGGGUGGGAAGAGGUGAGUGGCUACGAUGAGAACAUGAACACGAUCCGCACCUACCAGGUAUGCAAUGUAUUUGAAUCGAGCCAGAACAACUGGCUACGGACCAAGUUCAUCCGGCGCCGCGGCGCCCACCGCAUCCACGUGGAGAUGAAGUUCUCGGUGCGGGAUUGCAGCAGCAUCCCCAGUGUGCCCGGCUCCUGCAAGGAGACCUUCAACCUCUAUUACUAUGAGGCCGACUUUGACUCGGCCACCAAGACCUUCCCCAACUGGAUGGAGAAUCCGUGGGUGAAGGUGGACACCAUCGCGGCCGACGAGAGCUUCUCCCAGGUGGACCUGGGUGGCCGCGUCAUGAAGAUCAACACCGAGGUGAGGAGCUUCGGGCCCGUGUCCCGCAGCGGCUUCUACCUGGCCUUCCAGGACUAUGGCGGCUGCAUGUCCCUCAUCGCUGUGCGCGUCUUCUACCGCAAGUGCCCCCGCAUCAUCCAGAACGGCGCCAUCUUCCAGGAGACGCUGUCAGGGGCCGAGAGCACUUCGCUGGUGGCCGCCCGGGGCAGCUGCAUCGCCAAUGCUGAGGAGGUGGAUGUGCCCAUCAAACUCUACUGUAACGGGGACGGCGAGUGGCUGGUGCCCAUCGGGCGCUGCAUGUGCAAAGCGGGCUUCGAGGCCGUGGAGAAUGGCACCGUCUGCCGAGGUUGCCCAUCUGGAACCUUCAAGGCCAACCAAGGGGACGAGGCCUGCACCCACUGCCCCAUCAACAGCCGGACCACUUCGGAAGGGGCCACCAACUGUGUCUGCCGCAACGGCUACUACCGAGCAGACCUGGACCCGCUGGACAUGCCCUGCACAACCAUCCCCUCUGCACCCCAGGCCGUGAUCUCCAGCGUCAACGAGACCUCACUCAUGCUGGAGUGGACCCCGCCCCGCGACUCCGGAGGCCGGGAGGAUCUCGUCUAUAACAUCAUCUGCAAGAGCUGUGGCUCCGGCCGGGGCGCCUGCACCCGCUGUGGGGACAACGUGCAGUACGCGCCCCGCCAGCUGGGCCUGACAGAGCCCCGCAUCUACAUCAGCGACCUGCUGGCCCACACCCAGUACACCUUCGAGAUCCAGGCCGUGAACGGCGUCACCGACCAGAGCCCCUUCUCCCCUCAGUUCGCCUCCGUGAACAUCACCACCAACCAAGCAGCUCCGUCGGCUGUGUCCAUCAUGCACCAGGUGAGCCGCACCGUGGACAGCAUCACCCUGUCGUGGUCCCAGCCUGACCAGCCCAACGGCGUCAUCCUGGACUAUGAGCUGCAGUACUACGAGAAGGAGCUCAGUGAGUACAACGCCACGGCCAUAAAGAGCCCCACCAACACAGUCACUGUGCAGGGCCUCAAAGCCGGCGCCAUCUAUGUCUUCCAGGUGCGGGCACGCACCGUGGCGGGCUAUGGGCGCUACAGUGGCAAGAUGUACUUCCAGACCAUGACAGAAGCCGAGUACCAGACCAGCAUCCAGGAGAAGCUGCCACUCAUCGUCGGCUCCUCGGCGGCUGCCCUGGUCUUCCUCAUCGCCGUGGUUGUCAUCGCCAUCGUGUGUAACAGACGGGGGUUUGAGCGUGCUGACUCGGAGUACACGGACAAGCUGCAGCACUACACCAGUGGCCACAUGACCCCAGGCAUGAAGAUCUACAUCGACCCGUUCACCUACGAGGACCCCAAUGAGGCAGUGCGGGAGUUUGCCAAGGAAAUCGACAUCUCCUGUGUCAAAAUUGAGCAGGUGAUCGGAGCAGGGGAGUUUGGUGAGGUGUGCAGUGGCCACCUGAAACUGCCAGGCAAGAGAGAGAUCUUUGUAGCCAUCAAGACGCUCAAGUCGGGCUACACUGAGAAGCAGCGCCGGGACUUCCUGAGCGAGGCCUCCAUCAUGGGCCAGUUCGACCACCCCAACGUCAUUCACCUGGAGGGUGUUGUCACCAAGAGCACGCCCGUGAUGAUCAUCACUGAGUUCAUGGAGAAUGGCUCCCUGGACUCCUUCCUCCGGCAAAACGAUGGGCAGUUCACAGUCAUCCAGCUGGUGGGAAUGCUACGGGGCAUCGCGGCCGGCAUGAAGGAGACUUAUCUGAAGCCGUAUGGUGAGUUUGGGAACAGGAAGAUGCUUCCUAUGACUGGUACGGCACAGGGCAUAUGGCGGGGCAUGUUGAGAGCAGAGGCCAGACCGGUCAGCUUCCCACCCAUCCACCCUCCUCACUGUGCUCCACAGGGUGGGAAGAUCCCCAUCCGCUGGACAGCCCCAGAAGCCAUCCAGUACCGGAAGUUCACCUCAGCCAGCGACGUGUGGAGCUAUGGCAUCGUCAUGUGGGAGGUGAUGUCGUACGGGGAGCGGCCCUACUGGGACAUGACCAACCAGGACGUAAUCAAUGCCAUAGAGCAGGACUACCGGCUGCCACCGCCCAUGGACUGCCCAAGCGCCCUGCACCAGCUCAUGCUGGACUGCUGGCAGAAGGACCGCAACCACCGGCCCAAGUUUGGUCAGAUCGUCAACACGCUGGACAAGAUGAUCCGCAACCCCAACAGCCUCAAAGCCAUGGCGCCCCUCUCUUCUGGCAUCAACCUGCCACUGCUGGACCGCACGAUCCCCGACUACACCAGCUUUAACACAGUGGACGAGUGGCUAGAGGCCAUCAAGAUGGGGCAGUACAAGGAGAGCUUCGCCAAUGCUGGCUUCACCUCCUUCGAUGUCGUGUCACAGAUGAUGAUGGAGGACAUUCUCCGGGUUGGGGUCACCUUGGCCGGCCACCAGAAAAAAAUCCUGAACAGUAUCCAGGUGAUGCGGGCACAGAUGAACCAGAUCCAGUCUGUGGAGGUUUGACGUUCACCUGCCUCGGCUCACCUCUUCCUCCAGGCCCUGCCCCCUCCACCCCACAUGCUGGCCUCCCUGGCUCUCUGUCUACCGAAGGGUCAGCCACCUGCCAGGAGGCCACGGCAACAGGAAGAACCAAGCAGCCCGCCAGCCAUGAGACGUCACCAAGAGCACGUGCAACUCAGAUGAUGGGAAAAAAGGGAACGGGGACAAAAGAAAACAGAUCCUGGGAGGGGGCGGGAAAUACAAGGAAUAUUUUUUAAAGAGGAUUCUCAUAAGGAAAGCGAUCAUUGUUCUUGGGGGAAAAGAAAAAGGGCUUGGGAGAUUCAUGCGACGGUCCAAUUGGAGCUCAAAAGCAGUUUCUCUCCAACUCCCUCUGGGAAGGCGACCUGGCCGGAGCCAAGAAACACUUUCAGGAAAACAAAUGUGAAAGGGAGAGACCAGGGUCACUCUUCUCUCCCACCCCCAGGCUGCUCUUCCAGGCCUCGCUCAACAGCCACGUGCCAGGCGGACAGACAGGCAGCCACCUGGGAGCCACUCCGGGAAUAUCCAUUCCUACUGCCACUGGGCAAACAGAAGAAUCCUUCUGUCUUUGGAGAAUAUUUUAGAAACUCCAAUGAAAAAGACGUGUUUCUCCACUUGGCUUAUGGGGCUGAAAAGGGACUCUUGUCUUCCUGGGUCAGGGAGAACACAGGGACCCGGGAAGGUCAGCCGCCCUGAGGCUGCCACCCCCCAGGUCUGCAGCUCCACGUCCAUCAUCACGUGCACAGCCGGCCGCCCGGCCCACCGGGCGCCCACUCCCGACAGCCCCCACAUGGAGGACUGGUGCUGCAGUGACCACCAUCAGCUACAACUGCCACUGAGGACGGUUGUGCCUGCGUCUGGGUUUGUUUACAGCGAUUCGUGGACUGGGGGGCAUAUUUUGGUCAGGGGUGAGUUUGGUUUAGGGGUUUGUUUGUUGGUUGUUGUUUUGUUUUUUUUAAUGACAAUGAAGUGACACUUUGACAUUUCC